GGAAUUAAAACAAAGUGUCGCUGCACAGUCUGUCUGUGUUUAUGAUCCGAGCUUGCGCACUGAGCGCGUCCAUUGUCUAGCCAGGAGCAGGAGCAGCAGCGGCGGCGGCGGCGAGGAGCGGAGAGGAGCGCCCGAUCUGAGCGCAGGGGAGCGGCUUCACUGUGACCCCGAUCUCCGGGGAGGGGGGGUAGGAGGAGGAGGAGGAAAAAAAAAAAAAAAGUGUCCUCUGGUUGGAGCUUACCGGACCGGACCAGCGCUCGGUGACGACGUCAUUUCUUUCCAAGACAGACCCGUCUUUUAUUUAUUUUUUUUUACCCCCCUUUCUUCUUUCUGGCGAUCAGACAGACAGCAACAGUUGUCACGAUGUCUGAGAUCAGAUGAGUGGAGAGCGGCGGAGCAACCACUGCGGCGCUCCUGCGAUCCGGACCGGCCGGAGCGAUUCAGCCGUGUGAGGCAGCCGGGACGUGCCGCUGGGGAGCGGCGCGCAUCUGUUUAACCUUGCGCGGGCUGGGUUCGGCUCGGCGCGGCGCGGCGCGGCGCGGCUCGGCUCGGCUCGGCGGCCACCUACCUACCUCCGCUUGUGUCGAGCUUAUUGAUUUUGACCGCGUCCUGAGCGUUUGUCUGCGGCUGAGGUGAAUCCAGGCGUCAGGGCUGGCUCAUGCUCCGCGCGGCGGGGGAACGGACUGUUGCGUCUGCAGAGAGUCAGAGCUGACGAGCCUGCCGAGACACACGGACAGACAGGCGGGGAGACAGGCAGGCAGGCAGGCCGAGAGACAGACAGGAGCGAGGGGAGGGAAGGGGGGGCGCAGCCUGUUUGGGCUCUCUCGACCCUUUGCGGAUCGAGCCACCCAGAACCCCCACCCAUUUCUCUCCCGCUUUGGAUGGGGGGAAAGCAGAGCACGGCAGGGCGGCCCCGGGGUGCUUUUCCCGGCGUCUCUUCGGAUGACAGCGCGGUGCCACCCUCGGCCCACUUUGGCCACUACCGGCCGAGCGGCACCAUGGGCCUGCGGAGCCGCUCGGUGAGCUCCGUGGCCGGGAUGGGCAUCGACCACAGCUCCGCCGUGCCCUUCGGCUUCUACACCCCCAGAGGAACGGACUCGGACCGAGCCGGAGGGGGUUCCGGGGGCACUACGGCGGCCCCCCACGGAACCGGCUACCAGGACACUGGGGGCGGCGGACAUCACACGGACGGGGUGCUCUAUUUGGGGUCCCGGGGGUCGCUGGCUGACACCUUACCCCUGCACAUUGCACCCCGCUGGUUCAGCGCGCACAGCGGAUUCAAGUGUCCUGUCUGCUCCAAGUCCGUGGCAUCCAAUGAGAUGGAGGUCCACUUCAUCAUGUGUCUCAGCAAACCUCGCCUCUCCUACAAUGAUGAUGUGUUGGCGAGGGAUGCCGGCGAGUGUGUGAUCUGUCUAGAGGAGCUGCAGCAAGGGGACACCAUAGCCAGACUGCCGUGCCUCUGCAUCUACCACAAAAGCUGUAUAGACUCGUGGUUUGAGAUCAACCGGUCCUGCCCUGAACACCCCUCUGACUGACUGACCACCCGGCCCACUCUGACUACUCUUCAAGGACAUACUAGGUUGCUGCCAUGGACAUCUGGACAGAGACGCUACCAAAUCUGAUGAAACAAUCAAAGUGAUCACCACAUACUCGCCGUGAUGGAAUCCAUAGUCCUAUCAGACAACUGUUCCUUGUAAACUGAACCAAAAAGAAUAGUGUGACUGUCCAACCAUCACGCAUUAAAGGGCCUCUGUUAAGCUUUUCAUUUUAAAAACCUGACGACGAUACUGCAUACAAGGCAGACCCUCUCCUGCCUCCUCUCCAAAGCAAGCAUGGCCGCCCCCCCGGAGAUGCUCAGGUCUUAACGGGCCUCCUAUCUCGUCUCUGGGUCCAGGCCCGUCUGUAACUUGUGUCCAGUCCUUCCAUGGCCUUAACUGGGUGGCGGAGAGGAAGCAGAGCAGGGUGGGCGGGAGGAGGAGGAAACGGGAACCACAAGAGGAUGAAGGUGAGGAAGAGGCAGAAAUCUGCAAACAGACUUGUACAUUAUUCAGUGGGCUUCUCCUCUCACACAAGCAGGACUCCAGCCUGGUGAUCUCUCAUAAAAGACUGCCUCACAGUGCUCCUCUUUCAUAGUCCCCGCCUCAGUUCUGCGUACCUUCCUCGCCAGAAUAAUUACAUCCGAAGGUUACAUAAAAUGCUUUUCAGAUCCGGUCUGUGCACACCUGAGCAGAAAGAGAGGAACUGGCAUGUCAGCUUGUCCCGUGUGUUCGCUUUGCUUGGUCUGAAUUUAGACUGGGUGUGUGGGGGGGUGGAGAGGGGCGGUCUGAGCAUGCUCAGUCCGGACAGGGAGGGAGGAAGGAGCAGGAAGCGGUGUAGUUUACGCCCUUAAAGUGUGUGUUUGGGAUGCUCCAGUGUCAGGUGUGUGAUAAGUGUGUGUGUGUGUGUGUGUGUGUGGAUUGGUAACAGGUUGCUGAAGCUUUGUGUGUGUGUGUGUGCGGGUGUGUGUGUGUGUGUGUGCGUGUGUGCGUGUAUGAAGGCUCGUUGUAGAGGGCUGACUGGGACAGUGCUGUGUGUGUGUCUCUGUAUUGAAAUGUUUACAGUCUAGAUGUUCCCUGUGUGUGUGUGUGUGACUGGCAGUCCUCCCUUUACUUUGCUAAUGUUUACAGCUGCAGAAAAGCAACAUGACAUAUUGUAAAUUUCACUUGUAACCUCUCUCGGUUUUUCUCUAUCAGAUCUGCCAGAUUUUUCAUGUAAAAAUUAGUCAUUUCUUAAAGAGAGACUCUGGAGUGAGAGCGAGUGCGAGACUGUGUCCUUUCAUAUGACUGUUUGCGUGGAAGGAUUGCUGAGUGGAACCAGCCAGGUACAGGAGCAGAAGACCCAAAGAGCCACAGAGGCUGUAAGAAGUUUCUCAUUUGGGCCCACUCACAAUUCAGACAAUUCGGUUGAUUUAUUAAUUGGAUUCAUCACUGUAUUUCAGUUGUUUCAUUUAUUUUUGAUAAUUAUUGCUUACAGCUGAUUAAAAAGAAUCAUAAAAUCAGUAUACUUGAAAAUCCCCAUAUUAAACAAAACCAAUAAAAAUAAAGCUUUUUUUAUAUAUGAAAAUGUUAUGUUUUGGCAAACGACACAAACAAAGACUGUUGGCUUCAGAGUUGUCCAACAGGCUGUGAUUAAAUUCUCCAAGAGUUAGGCAUAGAGGGACAUUGUUAAAGAAGGUUAUUGCAAAACAGCUGUUCAGUGCUACGUCCAAGCAUAUCAUUGGACCUUUCCAAACCUAAUAAUUUAGUUUUUUAGGUAGGUAAUAUUGUUGUUGCCUAAGGAACUAACUUAUUUUUUUUUUCAUUAGCCUUGGGUCAUAACGUCCAAGUAAGCAACAAACAAAUGAUUUAAAUAUAACUUUCUCUCUCCAAUAAAUCUGUUUUUCAUAAUAUGUAUCAUACAUGACUUUUACUCUACCAGUCAAAAGUUUGGACUCACCUUCUCAUUCAAUGGUUUGUCUUUAUUUUUAUUACUACCUCUGGGAACGUCUUCUAGACAGUCGGAAAACCAUUUCAGUCAAAACAUACAAGAUGUUUUGAGUUAUUUCACAAUUUUGCAUUUGAUGUAAAAUUCUUGAUAUUUUUGAGUCAUAGCUUUGAUGUCUUCACUGUGUAUCUGCAAUGUAGAAAAGUCAAAAAUAAGGAAAAGCCAUUGAACGACAAAGGUGAGUCCAAACUUAUGACUGUUAGAGUACAUUUUAAACUUAUUUGCUGAAAUAAAUCUGUUAUCCAUUAAAAAGAAUCAACAAUGAUAUGCAUGCAUAUAUUUAUAAUAUAUACAACUGACACAUUGUCAACAUGUCCUUUGAAAAAAACUGAAUCUCCCUUGGGGUCCCCUAAUCCCACAGGGGGGCCUUAAGCAGUUGCAUAGUCUGCCUGUACCUCAGGCCACCUAACCAAACAACUUCACAUUUUAAAUUCAAACCGAUAAAAACAGCUAAAGGUAGCCAAAGUGCUUUACAGUCAUAUAAAAAUGAACAACAGUGCAGCAACGAAGUUGGAUGAAAUUGAAUAGUGAGACAAUGAAACAUAUAACCAAAAUAAAAACAAAAUAAAUAAUAUGAUAAGUGACAGUAAACAGGAAAAGAAAAACAUAAUAAUGUACAACUAAUCUAGGAAGGUUUCACCCUCCGUACAGUCUAGGUAAAAAGAAAGUACACCCUGUGUCAAUUCUAAAAAGGGUAACUGUGGUGUAAAGAAUUCGAUUGCUAACAUUAUUAUUAAUAGUAGUACUAUUAAAGCAUCACCACUGAAGGCUGUGUCUAAACUCGGGACAGAUUAGGAGUUAAUUAUGAAUUUCAUUGAAAAGCUUUUCUGAAACCCUGGCGUUCCUGACAGCGUCUUGGAGCACAACACUUGAGGGCCAUAAUGAUACUGCUGUCAUGGAUUUAUUCAAGCUGUUUGGAGGAGACACCUGCGUGUGAAAGGUCAAAUCUGAGUGCCCAUGGUCACCGCAUCCAAUUGGUGUCAGCUUGUGAUUUAGUCCCCAUUAAACUUGACCCUGUGUUGUUUCUAUA